AUGAAGCUACGAAUUUUAAUUUUAUUAUUUAUCUCUAUAAAUCAUGGAGUGUAUUCAACGCACAUUAAAGGAGAUUUUUCUACUGAUGAAUUCUUCAAGUUUCUAGUGAAGUUUGGAUUUCAGAAGACGGAGAUACAUAAUCAGAAGGAAACAUAUGGUUAUAUAUUUGGAAACAUAACAUCUAGUAAUCAUUUUAAGUAUCCUAUUACAUUUGCAGUUUUAGAUAGAAAGCAUUUCAUUCAUUAUUAUAAUAAUCGUGAUAUUAUUGACAAGGAAACAGCAUGUCAAACUAUGUUUCAAAAUUUAAAUGCAUCAGCUUAUCAUCCAAAGUGCAAUGCCUAUGGGCAGGACUUGUUUAGAAGGAUACCCUGUCCAAAAAAUCAGCUCUGUAUUGAUGAGGACAUGCCAUGGAAUGUAAUAAAACAUAACCAAUUCACAUAUGUUAUUCAAAAUAGUGGACAACCAAGGUUUUGGUAUGUCUCAAUGGUAUCAUGUUACCUGGACGAAGAGAGUUGUUCAUGGCAUCACUAUUCAGGGGCACCAACAGCAGACAAUAAAACACUAACAGAGAUACCACAAUUAAUACAAUACGACUUUUGGCUUGUCAAUGGAAGUCCAAAUCUGUCUUUGUAUAACUCUAUGUUAUACCAAUUUUCUUUUGAUAGGAAGAACACUUUAGAAUUGUACCUACUUUUCUGGUUGUGCUAUAUUAUAUUGGUGCCAGUGCAGAUAUAUGCUGUCAGAAUUCAGAGGCACCCAGUAACAAAGCUGUUCACAUCAAGCUUGAUGUUAGAAUUUAUUGCCCUUUGCUUCAAUGUGCUUCAUACCAUGAAGUUUGCUGCUGAUGGUGUGGGUUUCCCUGGCUUGGCGGUAGCUGGUGAUAUAUUUGAUAUUAUGAGCAGGACACUCUUUAUGCUCCUAUUACUUCUAUUGGCAAAAGGCUGGGCGGUGACGAGACUUGAACUAACACAUAAACCAUUAGUUUUUGGAGUUUGGAUGGUGUAUGGAAUUGUUCAUGUUCUUCUCUAUGUUUGGAAUACGACGGAAGUGGAUAUAGUUGAAGAAAUCGAUGAAUACCAAACGUGGCCUGGUUGGCUCGUGCUGACAUUACGAGUUGCGAUCAUGGUGUGGUUCGUCUUGGAACUACGUAAUACUAUGAUGUAUGAACACAAUAUGCCGAAACUGAAUUUUCUUUUGCAUUUCGGCGCUUCGAGCCUUGUUUGGUUCGUGUAUUUGCCGAUAAUAGCGCUUAUUGCGUUACAAAUUAGCCCUUUGUGGCGGUUCAAGUUUAUAUUAGGUAUAACAUAUUCAGCUGAUUGCCUGGCGUUUUGCGUGAUGGCACACCUUCUAUGGCCGACGCGGUCAGAGCAGUACUUAUUAUUGGCGCCUCCUGAUUAUACGGCGGGCAUCGAAGAAUUGGACGAGUUCAGUGAAUCACCACACGUAGUACAUAGCGAUACGGUAGCAUUAACAGCUGCCGAAAGCAUCAACGCUGACGAUGAAGAGGUUAUAUUCACGCGCCCGCACAAAAAUGGCGUCGCGUUCUCAUAG